AGUUCGCUGACCAAACAGCCCCACUACAUCGACCUCACCGGGUAGAAGUGGCUGGGAUGUUAAUGUCCCAGGACAAGAAGUUCUUUGUAAAAUCACUGGUCAGUGAGGAGGUGUGGAGCAAGAUGCACCAUGUAAUUCUUAAACAGUACUACCAGUAUAUUGUGGAGAAGCAUGCCCAGACCCUGUUACCGCAGUACCUGGGUAUGUACCGCCUGACGGUGAACGACGUCGAGACCUACAUGGUGGUCAUGAGGAACAUCUUCAGCCCCAGACUAGGAAUACACAAAAAGUAUGACUUGAAGGGUUCUACAGUUGACAGACAAGCAAGUGACAAAGAAAGGCAAAAGAGUCUGCCAACGUUAAAAGAUGUGGACUUUGUGAAUGAUGGCGUCACAAUUCAAGUUGGACAAGAAGCCAAGGAUAAACUCAUGCCGACAUUAACAAAAGACGUUGAGUUCUUGGCAAGCUUGCACCUAAUGGACUACAGUCUCAUUGUGGGCAUCCACGACCCUGAGAAAGGUGAUUCAGAUCAGACCGACUUCCAGCCCCCUGACGAUGGGGAGGAGGGGGCAGACGAGGAGGAAGAGAAUGGGUUGGAGGAGGAGAUGACUGAUGGGUAUGGAGCCGCCCCACCCCACCGGACAGCCCCCCAACCUGCCACACCCACCCCCUUCACAGGAGAGCUGGACUCCAAGCUGGAGCAGUAUGCAAUUAAAAGUAGUGAAAAUCAAGAAAUCUAUUUCAUGGCCCUCAUUGAUGUCCUGACAAAAUACGGUAUGAAGAAACGGACUGCACAGGCUGCCAAGACAGUCAAGCACGGGGCAGGGGCAGAAAUAUCCACGGUCAGGCCUGACCAGUAUGCCAAGAGAUUUCUGGAAUUCAUCUCCAAGAGUAUCGAGUAAGCACAAGCCUACAAGGUGCACAGUGCACAGCCUCGUCCCAGGGAAGAGUCCUUUUGACUGUAGUACUGCAGAUGAACUUACUGUGUAAAGGGUCCAACUGUCCUCUAGGUUGAUACCUGUGUAUGCAUGGUCACCAUGAAGGUGUCAUAUGGAUUGAGAGUGUAUGGACUUACGGUCUCAGUAGCAGUUAUUUCAGUAUGUGAUAUUCUGUUUUCUAAGGUUUUUCAUUUUGUGAUUAUUUAGGUCACAUGUUGGUGGAAAGACUUCUUCAGGGACUGGAUUUUUUUAAAGUAUGAACAUUACUUCCUUUGUCAUUUGAUCUUUGAAUUCUUUUAAAACCAGAUUCAUUUUAGAGU